AAUUCCUCUACUGAUUACCCCAAAAUAACAGGGUCUCUUUUCAAUGGGUCUAUUCAUUGGUUCGCUUUUCGUCAUGAUCAUUUACAAAAGGAUCUUAUUCUUGCCUUUGAUUUAAUCAAAACGGAACUUUUUGAGAUUCCUCUCCCAAUUGAUAUUGAUUAUGAAGCUACAAAUUGUGAUGUGUGGGUAUUUGGAGAAUUUCUCAGUAUAUGGGCUAUGGAUUUUGCUAAUGAUACAGUUGAAAUAUGGGUGAUGAAAGAAUACAAAGUGCAUUCCUCUUGGAAGAAAACUCUUGUUUUGUCUAUUGACGGCAUUUCCACUAAGCUAUUUUCCCCUAUAUGUUCAACAAAAAGUGGUGAUAUCAUUGGAACAGAAGAUGGAUGGAGAUUGGUGAAGUAUAAUGACAAAGGACAGUUGAUAGAGUGGCACUACUAUUCUAGCAGUACACAUGGAACCGAAGUGGCUCUUUAUACAGAGUCUCUGCUUUCACUCCCUGGUGACAAUGAACAAGCUUAAGGAGAUGACACAAACAAGAAGAAGAAUGAGGUUUUGAAAUAUUCUCCUUCACCAUUUUCUUGAUUUUUAUAGUUAUAUUGUGCUAUGAACUCUUGGGUGUUGUAGAGCAGUAUGUAUUUGACUGCAUUUGUAACACGAGGCAUUAUGUCAAUUGAGGUGAUCCAACAGGUCAUGAAAUUUGUAUUGCUUAACUGUUUGUGUUGUGCUUAUUUGAAAUAUUGACAACUUUGUUUGUGUGA